AGCGAGGCGGGUCCCACAGCCAGCGCGGCGACCCCCGCGGCGCCAUCAGAGACCCUCACCGCCCCCCCGGCUCGGCCUCACGGCAGCCCGGCCCCAGUGACGGACGUUACCAAACUGUGUGUUUGUGAUCUGCUGGUGGCACAGUGUGAUGUAAAUUGCUGCUGUGACCCUGAUUGCAGCGCUGCUGAAUUCAGUCUCUUUACUACAUGUUCAGUCCCCAUUGUCAUAGGUGACAGCCGUCUCUGUAGUCAGAAAGCUGCUGUGUAUUCACUUGAUGUUGAAGCAAAUCCACCAGAAGUGAUAUUUAAAUUAAUUGACCAAGUCAAUCCCAGUGUUUUCUGCAUUCAUGCUACAAACUAUGAGCAAGCACUCUCCUUCAGCUCCCCCAAAAUGCCUACAUCUGAAAAUUUUGAUCAGUUGCUUAAAGAGUUUGGAAGUGCUGCUUUCAGUACUGGGCCUCAUGGCUGGGAUGUGAAUACAGACACACAAAAUCCUUCUGAUGCAAAUGGAAUUUACAGAUACAAGUAUGGUGUUCCUAUACAGACAGUGGAUGCAUUUCUGAGACUGCCUAGUCCUGUUGUCUCCUCUUGGUGCUCUGAUGCAAAUCCUGCAGGGUUUUUAGUAAACCAGGUUACAAAAUGCACUAGAUCAGUAAGUGUGGAAAACUGUGGUGAUAUCCCAGCAAUUAGUAUGCUGUUCUACAUCAACUCCAGCAUUUUAGCAGUGCCCAAAUCAAGUCAGAUGGUGAAUAUCACUGUCCAAUCUGCAGCUGUCCAGUCCCCAGAUGGAAUGCGGACUUUACUUGGUGGUGGUGGUGAUGUCCUCAGGCUCCCUGAGAUUCUGGAGGGACUAUGCAUAAAUAUAGUUCUUGGGGUGAGUUAUCACAUUACAUACACAGAGGCAGGAGAAAUAAUAGAAGCAGCUGCUGCUUUUGUCCUGGGGACAAUUAAUGAAGAAGCACUUUCCAUACAGCAGAGCUUUGAAAUCAGCUUUACUCAGGCAAAUACAGAGCCAGUUCCUCUCAGUGGUAACCCUGGUUAUGUCACUGGACUGCCUAUAAGAGCAGGCUACCGGCCACAAGGAUCUGGCAUCAUUCAGACUACUAACAAAUUCAACCAGCUCACCCUUCUGCAGAGCACAUCCAGCCAGGACUGUCUGGCAGCACAGGGAGCCAGAACCCCAAUAUUAUUUGGUUACAACAUGGUAGCAGGUUGUACCUUACGAAUUACAGCAGCUAUGAAAUGUCAGCCCUUGGCUCAGACCCUCCUAGAUUUACUGAAGGGACAAAGCUUCCCUCAGUAUGUGGCCUCCUUUGGAAAUUCUCAAGCCCAGGAUGUGCUCGACUGGGUGCCAAUAACUCACCUCCAAAUCUCAGAACAAAGCUCAUGCCAAAUACCAGUAUCACUUGAAAUAGAAGUGAAGUGGACUAAAUAUGGAUCCCUUGUCAAUCCACAAGCCAGGAUAGUCAAUGUUACAGCAACAAUCACUACCACCACACUGAAGCAGCUUCCCUCAGGAAGGGAAAGGACUAUUCCUGUAAUGAGUUCUGUUGUUUUCACUGAUGUUUCUUCACCUGCAGUACCAGGCUAUAAAGCUUGGCCUACCAUUAAUGUGAAGUUACCCUUUGACUUUUUCUUUCCAUUUGCCUGAGGUAAGUAUGGAUUAGAAACCCCAACCAAGCCACAGUUCUGCUUUUUUGGCCAUUUCUUGAAGCCAGUUACUGUGAGGGACCAUCACUUCCUCCUAAAUUGUAGACACACUGGGCUAAAAUUGGCCAAGGGAGUAAAGGUGAGCUCUUGUGAGGGUUCUCAGAAGCUUUGGAUAAAAAAAAACAACCAAAACACAUUAAAUGGAAAUCUCCCAAUUACAGAUCUGCCAAAAGCUGCAGUGUGAACAUGGUGGUGGCUCUGGCUGGCCAGUCAGCAGGUGUGCAGCCACCAUCAGAUGCUCUCAAGCAACUCCAGUCCAAGCUGCCUGCCUGGCAAUGUGGAGACAGGAGAGGGAAAGGAAGAGCACAGUGAAGUGAUACAGCUCCAUGGAAAAUGAGGCUUCAUUCUUCUGUGAACAGCAGAGCUGCAUUGUUAAUUAAAGCAAUCCUGCUAUUAGAUAAGGCCUCUGCUUUAUCUGCAUUCAUAGAUGAAUAAGCCACAUAUUUCUAGCUAUUUUCCCCAAACCACUAAUUAAUUACCUUUCUUUAAUGAUCCAAGCCAUUAAAUGAUGCUUUCAGAAAAACUCAAUGACCCUUCCAGCUGCCUCUGGCUGAAAUCAAUUGGAGGUGCCUGCCAUAGUCAAGCAGCUUUCCGAAGUCCCACUUACUGAGCCCUACUCAGUAUAAAACAGCCUCUCCACAGGGACCUUCUAGUACCUAGAAAAGUUCAGGUUGUGUCCAAACACCAGCCUGGACCUUUAGAAUAUGCUCUUUAAUGGCUAUUCUGAAAUCAAACUGUUCCCAGCAGUCCACUCACCUCCAUCUGUCCUUAUAUAUUCCACUUUUAACGUGUUGAUUUAUGAGCUGUGGAAACAAAGAACUUUGCAGCCCAACAGGCUGCAAAUGAACACAAACUGGAAAAAGAGAGAAUUCAGUACUGUAGCUCAGAUCUGCUGGGGAGAAGAAAGCAUUUUCUGACAUAAGGUAGCACAGGUUUGCCUCUAUUUUGGUGCCAAUUUGAUUGUCAGCUAAGGGGAGGGGUGCAUUGGUAUUUUUGAAAGGGAUGUUACAUAAAUAACAAAGUGGCAGAAGCAGCAACAGAAAGGAGGAAACUACCAAGGGCAUGAGAAGAAUGGUUGGCAAAGAAGAGACAUACUAGCGAUGAGUGGUCAGCUGGGAGAAGGAAUUACCUGCUCAGCCUGGAUUCUUAUCGUGUGUCCUUUGAGUUUUACAAGAUGUUGCAAACAAAGGACAUAAUCACAGAAGAAAGAAAAGAAAUUUCAACUGAGUGACCCUUUUGUGGCUGUUUAGCUUGUAAAGAUGGGUCUUUAUUAAAUUAUUUUGCAGCUUUGACUGUACAUUUGUCCAAUAAAGGUCAUAUGAAAUCACUGUU